AUGUUUUUUUUAAAUACCAGAAGUAUUUUAAAAAUAAAUUUUUAGAUAUAAAAACAUACUUUCAUACUAAAAAAAUUUGGACCCAUUUUUUUAUUUGUAAUAUAAAAAUACAUGUAUUUUUUUAAAAAAUUGGAUCUUUAUCUAUUAAAAAAAUAAGAGAACAACAGAUAGAGCACCGGGCGGUCGUAUCAUUAGCCCCGUAUGUAUGCCGGCCCUGUCAGAUACAAUCAUCCAAACAAUUGAUUCGUUUCACCUCAACUCGUGUGAGUGGAAAAUUGAAAGCGUAAUAGGCUAAUAGCCAUGUCCGGCGGUUUUCUGCACACGGCCUGCGAUGCGCGUGGCUCACACGCUCCGACGAAGCAGGGGGAAUCGCAUUCCUACUACUGGAAACGGAUUCAACUUUACGAUUUCGCCCUUCUUUUUAAGUCGAAUUUUCAUUUCAGUUAUAUCUAGUUUAUGUGGGCCUUGAUUGGGCUCACUAGGAUCAAUUUGUAUAUACUAGAUUAAUGAAGCCCAAACUGAAACAUUCGGGAGGAGCUAAAGGUGUGUGUGAUUUUUACGUAAAACUGAAAAGUGAAAAACAUAGGCGCUUGCCGCGCUGCGAAUUGUUCCCGCUUCGCUACUUGGUUUUGAAAAAUAUCUAUAUUUUAAAAAGAAUUGGAUAAUAUUUAUUUUUUCCAACUUAAAUGCAAGUAAUAAUAGUUUAGGUCUUUGUGUUAACACGUUCGUCAUCCACUCUGCGUUGUCGUUACCUAUUCUCCCAUUCCUCCGGCGCAAAUCAGGUGACUGGAAACAUGAAGCGGCCGGAGCCUUCCUCGGAUCUAUCCUUUACCGGAGAGCCCAUCUCAGCUGAAGAAGCUAUGACCAAAUGGCCCUCUCGCUACAGAUCUUCAAAGGCUAGAGUAUCUGCGACAGUGGGAACUCCAAAGGAUGAUGGUGAAGAGAAUCUGGAGCAGGCUAAACGUCAUUACAGCCAAGCUCUUGUGGAUGGAACUCUUUUCAAUCUUGGUGACGAUGUCUACGUUAAAGCUGAGGAUGGGAACCCGAAUUAUAUUGCAAAGAUUGUGGAGUUUUUUGAAGCGAUUGACGGUGAGCCGUACUUUAAAGCUCGAUGGUUCUACAGACCUGAAGAUACGGUUAUCAAAACCCUUGCAAAUGAGGUGCAAGAGAAGAGGGUGUUUCUUUCCAACGUUGAGGAUGAUAACCCCCUCAAUUGCAUUGUCUCCCGCGUUGAUAUUGUCAAAGUUCCAGCCAAGAUUGUUUCCGGAGCCGAGGAGAGAGUUAUACCGCCUUGUGAUUUUUAUUACGAUAUGAAAUAUGAGCUAGCUCACCUGACCUUUUCAACUGCUGCUGAUGAUGGUGAUGCAUCAUCAACAAUUUCAAGUGAAUCUGAUUCCAAUUGCAUUCAGAUUCCCCAGCAGAAGGAUAAAUUCUUGCUUGAUCUAUACAGUGGAUGUGGAGCAAUGUCAACUGGGUUGUGUAUGGGGGCUUCCCUCUCAGGCAUAAAACUGAUUAAGAAAUGGGCAGUGGAUAUCAACAGCUUCGCUUGUGAUAGUUUGAGACUGAAUCAUCCUGAAACUGAGGUGAGAAACGAAGCUGCAGAAGACUUUCUAAAAUUGCUCAUAGAAUGGAGAAAGUUAUGCCAAAAGUUUGGACUUAUUUCAAGUACGGAGGUACUAGAAUCAGAUGGUGAUUCAGAAGAUGAAGAAGAAGAUGGCGAUGAAAAUGAUGAUGCGGAUGGAGAUAGUAGUGGAUCUGAAAUUCCACCUGAAGAGUUCGAGGUGGACAAGUUCCUUGAUAUUUGUUUUGGAAAUCCUAAUGGACUUAAGGCAGAAUCUGCACUUCAUCUUAAGGUGCGUUGGAAAGGUUAUGGUCCUGAUGAAGAUACUUGGGAGCCUUUUGAUGGGUUAAGAAAAUGCAAAGACAAGUUAAAGGAGUUUGUGACAACCGGGUUCAACACUAACCGAUUUCCCCUUCCGGGUGACGUUCAUUUUGUGUGCGGAGGUCCUCCAUGUCAAGGAAUUAGCGGCUUUAACCGUUUCAGAAAUAACAAAGCACCACUUGAAGAUGAAAAGAAUCAGCAGUUGUUGGUGUAUAUGAACAUUAUCGACUAUUUGAAGCCAAAUUAUGUGCUCAUGGAAAACGUUGUCGAUCUUUUAAAGUUUUCAAAGGGGUUUUGUGCCCGUUAUGCUGUUGCUCGUCUAGUUGCGAUGAACUAUCAGACAAGAUUAGGCAUGAUGACAGCGGGUUCUUACGGUGUUCCUCAGGUCAGAAAUAGAGUAUUCCUAUGGGGGGCACAACCAACAGAGAAACUUCCACCUUACCCUUUGCCUACACACGAGACUCUCGCCAAAGGCUUAACCCCUACAGAGUUUGAGGAAAUACAAGUUGGAUAUAGCCAAGGGAAUCUUCUUCAGUUAGAAAAGGCUCUUACUCUUGCAGAUGCAAUAAGCGAUCUCCCACCGGCGACAAAUUAUGAGAAAAACGAUGAAAGGAAAUAUGAUACAAAACCUCAAUCAAACUUUCAGAAGUUCAUACGUCUUUCAAGAGCUGAGUCAAUACUACCCCUGGAUGGUGGAGAUGCUUCAAAGUCAAGAUUGCUGUAUGAUCACCAGCCACUUGAACUAAAUGACGACGACCUUGAACGGGUUUGCCAAAUUGUAAAGAAGAAGGGUGCCAACUUCAGAGAUUUGCCUGGUGUUAUAGUUGAUGAAGACAACAAAGUGAAAUUUGACCCUUCUGUAGAACGACCAAAACUGAAAUCUGGAAAAUUUCUGGUUCCUGAUUAUGCAGUGUCAUUUGUCAAUGGAAAAUCGAAAAAGCCAUUUGGUCGUCUGUGGUGGGACGAGAUUGUUCAUACAGUUGUGACAAGAGCAGAACCUCACAACCAAAUUGUAAUCCAUCCGUUGCAAGAUCGUGUAUUAACAGUCCGUGAGAACGCCAGAAUACAAGGGUUUCCUGAUUUUUAUAAGCUAUGUGGCCCAAUAAAGGAGAAAUACAUCCAGGUUGGGAAUGCGGUGGCUGUCCCUGUAGGGGUUGCGUUAGGAUAUGCUUUCGGGUUGGCAAGUCAAGGGCUUACCGAUAAUCAGCCUGUAAUAAAACUCCCCUUCUUGUAUCCUCAAUGCAUGCAAGGAAAAACUGAAGAGCACUCUGCUUGAGAAGGUUUAAAAGAAAAGUCUGUCUUCUCAUGUCUCACCGAAAGGAAUGCAAGAUUCAAAGGAAGAAGAUGAAUGUCUUGAUUGGUUAAGAGUAUUUUUAUUAGUUUACACUGAAACGUUGUUGUGUGUACUAAAUGAGUAAUGACCAUGUGGGUCUUAUUGAACCAAACAAAAAUUGUGGUUACUAGCAGAUUCUAUGUCAGAACAGUUUGUGACGUUUUUUUUUUCAAACUUAAAAAUGAACCAUUGAUAUUUGUUA